AGUCGUUUGCAUUCAGCUGCUUCUAGCGAUACCCUUUUGCCUCGUCUGGCCAUGGGGGCCACAGAGUUCUUCACGCGCUUUUCGGAAUCGCCUCCUCCAUUACUGCUUUAGCAGUGCAGUGGUAGAAUGGCAAAGUUGAAUGACGACGCCUCGUUUUUUUUUUUUAAUUUCUCUCGUUGAGAAGUUCCCUGCGCAGUGGGACAUGAUCAGCGAACUGUAUUCAAAAACCAACCUCAAGGCAUCAAUAUGGGAGAAGAUUGCUGAAGAGAUGUUCGCACGGUUCCCACAAUUUGCACCAUACAUAGUGGAUGGACAAACAUUUCCUGGUCGCAAGCAGAGACUGUCUGUUCGACGCGUUCACUGUGCGAGAUUUCAUUUCGUUUUGCAAGUACGGAAAGAACACUCUCAAGUGGGCUUAUUGCGUCCAAAGAAAAAUGCCCAAACGUAACCCUCUGUUCAAAGGCAACUAUAUACUAAAAGCCGUCGAGAACUGCGCCGCCACAGAGGGGAAAAUCAGCGGCGACGGCAGUUUCGACGACAACGACAGGAAAGAACCAUUGGAGCCAGUCCAGCCUCGGAUGGGCAAUGAGACAGCAGUCUCCGAGGAAGCCGCAGCAGCAUUCCCUCACAUUGAGUCUUCCACCUCGGCGCCGGGUCGCUAAAACUCUCAACGCUGUCGGUGCAAGCGAUUCCGAAGACGCUUUUGUCCCAGCGCAUUAAAAGCUA